AUGACGAGAUUAAUGUUGACUGACGAGUAUGUUGAAGAAGAUGAAGUCAACCAACACGCGUGGGCAAUGAAUGUGAACAAGACUGACAUCGAAAAUGCUUCGCAGACCAACGAGUACCCGUUCAAAGUUACUGACCUGAAUAAAAGCUUUUCUGAAGUUAUCGAGAUGCCUUCCAACUUUACAACUCAUAACGAAUGA